GGAGGAACAAUUUAACUUUCAAUUUCGAUUUCAUCAAAAAAAAAAAAACAUGGAGUCCGUCUGAAGUUUGACUCUCGACUCGAUUUGCUAAACUAAACGCGUCGAAAACAGAUUUAGAACUAUAAACUACGUUUUCGACAACAGGACAACAGACUGAAAUCGGAGCUGCUCGACUGAACGUUUGAUCAGAUCACACUGUCGGUGUUGUCGGUACCGGAGCCUCUGCAGUGCAUCACCAUGCUGGGAGAAACGGGGCCAGAAUGGACGACCGAGGAGGUGACAACAGGAACAACCAUUAUUGCCAUAGAGUUUGCCGGUGGGGUCGUGCUGGGGUCUGAUUCCAGAGUGUCCGCUGGGGCAACAGUGGUGAACAGGGUGAUGAACAAGCUGUCUCCCCUCCAUGACCGGAUCUACUGCGCGCUGUCCGGAUCUGCAGCAGAUGCUCAGACCAUCGCUGAGAUGGUCAACUACCAGCUAGAUGUCCACAGGUGAAGGAUCAGUGAAGGGAGGCAAAUUCGCAAAGCAGCUGUUAAUGUCUUCUUGCUCUCUUACACGCUUGAUGUUACGGGUAUCCAUGAAGAAUAACUCUGUUCUGCUCUUUUGCCCUUUGACCUCCAGGUGUUUGCAACCCUGAAUGGGCUCCUGACAAGGCAGCCUUUUGCAAUUGGAGGUUCUGGCAGCUCAUAUGUUUAUGGCUUUGUUGAUGCUGAAUAUCGCAAAGACAUGAGCAAGGAGGAGUGCCAGCAGUUUGUUGUCAACACUCUCGCUUUGGCCAUGAACCGUGACGGCUCCAGUGGCGGCGUGGCCUACAUGGUCACCAUCGAUGAACACAACACAGAGGAGAAAGUCGUUCUCGGAAAUGACUUACCCACCUUCUUUGAUCAGUGACAUGUGUGUUUCCCUGACAAUCUGAAAAUAGCCAUGGCUCAGUUUUAUUUUUCCUUUGACACAGCGGUCAACUAAUCCAGCUUAUUAACCAAAAAACAUCAAACAAGUGUAUUCUUGCAUUUUCUUACUAAUUCCCAAAGUUAUUUUCAGUGUGUUAUCAGGCAGCCUCUGAGUGAGUUUAAUUGUAGUUGUUCAAGUUUGCAGCAAUGAGUUUGAAAUCUAACUUAAAAACAAGCUUACAAUAAAUAUCUUUGAUUUGUUUGUCAAAGAAAUUGUUGAAGUCAUCCAAGGUCACUUCCUUUUGUUAAACUUGCUAGAAGACUCAUUAUUCCUUCUGUGUUUUAGUGGUGAGUGUCAGAGUGAACUGAAAUAAAUAUACCUACUUUUGGAAAAGCCUUACACGCAUCAGAGCAGCAUCUGUCCUGUGAUGAACUAUUCAGUCUGAGAAACACUUCACCAAAAAGUCAAACACAGGAUUAUUUCACCAACAUUUCUCUCCACUUAGCGGUAGUUGUUUUUUUGUUUAGUUUAGUUUUUUUAAUCCCAACAUUAACACAAAACUAAGAUGGUUAGAUGGUCUUGAACGGACAUUAUUAAAAACCUUGAGUUUGAAAAACAUUUUGAGUAUGUCCUCUCAUAGUGGAUACGCUAACAAUGACCCUACACAUGCUUUAUGUCAAUGAUGUGAGGUUUAUAAUGAAAUAAAAUCCAUGUGUUCAAAGGUUUA